AUGGGGUAUCGCGAGGCUCAGGCUGGCUUCAGCCUUCCCUUCACCUACUCCCUCUUCUUCCUCUUUAUAGAGCCCCUCGGCGCGCUGGCGGGCGCCUAUUUCACGCACGUCCAUCAACCAUACUACCUCUCCCUCCUCUCGGCGCCCUCGGCCUCUUCGGCCGAUGUACAGCUCUCGACGCCCAUGAGCGUCGCCAUGUCUCAGCUCGCCAGCAUGUAUCUCUUCUUCGCGCUGAACGAGGCGCUCAUUCUGCGGGCGACAUCCGACAUUCAGGUCUGGCGCGCCGUGCUACUCGUGCUAUUGGUGGCCGACUUUGCGCAUCUGUACGCACUCAAGGCGCUGGGACCGCAGGUCUACUACGAUGUGUGGAAUUGGAGCGCGGGCGAUUGGGGCAAUGUGCCCUUUGUGUACCUUGGAGCACUCAUGAGGAUCUGCUUCCUCAGAGGUGUCGGGCUAGGGGCUUGGAAGACACUGGAGAAGAAGAAGAAGAAAUAG